AUGAAAAUAUGGAAUCUUCCGUGCUUCUUCCAGAUUGCUGGAAUGCCGUCGGAUAAUGAUAACCACCAGCCGAAAUAUACAAUCUUAUUGCCAACAUAUAACGAAAGAGAGAAUUUACCGAUAUGCGUUUGGCUGAUCGUAAAAUAUAUGAAAGAAGCGAAUUUUUCCUAUGAGAUAAUUAUCAUCGAUGAUAAUAGUCCAGAUGGAACGCUGGAUAUCGCCAAGAAAUUACAGGACGAAUUUGGCAGCGAAAAAAUCAUCCUAAGACCAAGAGCCGGAAAAUUCGGCCUGGGAACAGCUUACACACAUGGAUUGCAGUAUGCACGUGGUGAAUUUGUGAUUCUGAUGGAUGCAGACCUGUCGCAUCACCCAAAAUUUAUACCCGAAAUGAUCAAACUGCAACGACACAAGAAUUACGAUAUUGUAACCGGUACGCGUUACGCACAUGGUGGCGGUGUUUGCGGUUGGGAUUUGAAACGAAAAUUAAUCAGUCGCGGUGCAAAUUUUCUAGCACAGUUUCUGUUGAGACCGGGAGUUUCGGAUUUAACCGGUUCCUUCCGACUUUAUCGUAAGGAAGUGCUGGCAAGGUUAAUCGCUGAUAGCGUCUCCAAAGGAUAUGUCUUCCAGGUUAAUUUCCACUUUUUUUUCAAUCAUUUAGUGUAG